GGACCAUUUAGAUCACAUUUUAUUAGAAAUUUCAUGAUUUUAAAGUCAAUUUGAUCUAUUUUUAAAGAGAAAAUAGUGUUUGAAUUGAAAAGAGAAAAAGGGAAAGCGAUUUUUGCCCAAAGCUGUCUGUGCGAAAUUUAAACCUGCACAAGAGUGUCACGAGUUCAAAAAGAUUGACUCCGAUCAUACACCACAAUGACUCUGUUCGUCGAGGAUGCCGAUGAUGCUUUUGUGUGGCAGGAUUAUUUGGAGGUCACAAAUGAAGAGGAGGUUCCUCAUGCACUUUUCCACCAUGUGGAGCUGAGUAUGGAGAGCAGUUUGCAGCCUGGUCUGAUAUUAGAGGUUGCGGACAAAAAUGAUAAAAACAAAUACUGGCCUGCAACAAUUAAAAUGAACUGCGGGGCUUUGCUGAGCAUGAGCUACAUUGGGCCCAAAAAGACACGAAUGCCAGAGUUCUGGGUCGACAUCACCAAAGUAGAUGUGCGGCCUUUAGGUUGGUGCAAGCAACAAAAGGAAGCGGACCCUGAGUCGAAGGUUUUUUUGGAUCCACCGUCCACCAUGAAAGAAAGCUACCCUGAUGAAGACUGGCAUUUGCUAAAUUCAACAGCCACUACCGGCAAACAAACUGUUGCCUCAGAAUGCCUGAGCUCUGAGGGUCAUACUCCCAUCGAGCGGUUGCGGAAGGGAAUGCGCGUUGAAGUACAGGAUGAACACAACCCCUACUUUCACUGGAUUGCCACGAUAAUUGAUAAUGUGGGUGGCCGACUUCAUCUCCGCUAUGACGUUCCUGAAAGCUUUUCUGCUGAAAAUCCAGUACCAGAUUUCUGGCUGUUCUAUUUGUCACCUAGACUGUUCAAAGUAGGCUGGGCUGAUGAGAAAGGCGCGCCUUUCAGAUACGAGCCACCAAGCAUCACAUCAGCAGCUUUAGACGAUGAGGGUGGAUGGGGUACAAUUUUGGAAUCUUGCAAACAAGAGUCUAAGAAACUUCCAUCACCUGCAGAUUUAUUUGAGGGAGAACGUGAAAUGGAUAGCCAUUCAACUCUCGGAGAAACUUUAUUCAAAGAAGGAAUGAAAUUAGAGACCGUCAACCCACAGAACCACGUCGAGAUCUGUCCAGCCACAGUUAUAAAUGUGUAUCACACCGGCCACUUCACGAUUCAGGUUGACAGCAUAUCUGGCACAGAGAUGCCUCCAAUUAGAGUCAGCUACCCUGAAGAUCCAUACAUAUUUUAUGCUGGAUGGAGCAAAUCCAACAAGAUUAGUUUGACACCCCCUAAUGGCUGGGUGUCGGAGAAAGAAGAUUUUGAUUGGGACGAGUACCUGACCACAACAAUGUCUGAAGCAGUGCCGAAAGAAUGCUUUGUGAAAAAAGAGGAGACGGCCGCAGACAUGGGGUUUGAAGUGGGGCAAAAACUCGAGUCCAUAGAUAUAGAAAAUGAUCAGACCAUUUGUGCGGCCACUAUAACCAAGAUACUGGGCCACCUUCUCUGGGUUCACUUGGACUGUUACGAAAAUUUGAAGCCGUCAAUUAUAGUGAGUGCAGAUAGCAUGGACAUAUUUCCAGUUGGCUGGUGUGGCAGCAAUGGAUACCCACUUAAGCCACCUAUGGACCACCUAGAAGUUUGCAGGAAGAUUAAAUUGGAAGAAGAGGAGCUGCCGGCUCCUAAAACGUCAGAAACCACCUCGGCAAAAUCAUCGUGGUGCCCUAAAAUAUACUUCAAUCACAAAUGCUUCACGGGACCAUACUUGAGCAAAGGAAAAAUUGCUCUUCUCCCAAAAUUUGUUGGACCCGGCCCGAUCACCCUUGUGCUUAAAGAGGUGUUAUCUCAAUUAAUUUCAACUGCCUACAAAUCGAGACAAGUACUCAAAGAAUUGACUUGCGAAGGAAAGGUUCCGGCUAACAUGCACAUAGAAAUGCUCAAAGCAAAAUUGAAAACUGCGAUAUUCAGUGCCAAUGUGGCCAUAGCAACUUCCGCUGACCAAGUUGAAGAGUAUUGCAAGUCGGUUUGCCAAAAGCUCCAAAGCUGCCCGUAUUUGUUUGGGCCUGAUUGCAACGAUGGGCACUGUCCCGUGGGCUGCUCAACGUUGAGCAAAAGCCAAUUCACAAGCUAUUGGAGCAAGAAAACCAAGACUGGUGUUCCUAUUGAUGGAACUCGAAAGCGAGGAAGAAAACGUAAGGUGAAGUUGUUGAAAGAUGAAGAUGUUGCAGAAAAUGGCAAAGACGAUGAAAGUGAUCAGUCUAGUCAUGGUGAUGCCGAGUAUAAAGAGAGGCCAGCGAAGAAAAUUUUCCCUGCUUUCGAAAUGCGCACAAGGAAAGCUAAGCUUCCCAACUUUGCCCUUCUUGGUUCAAGUUGGGUCUGGGGUAAUGACGGCGCAGAUGAUCAAACGCCUGCUCGAAAACGCCGUCGAGGACCUUCUACAGACUCGGUUCAGCUCCCGACCCCACCAAGCAGUGUCAAAAACAUGGAAGGAGUAGUGCGUAAAAGGGGUCGUCCCCGGAUCGACAGAAGCCAGCACAGAACAGCAGCCACAGCUGGAUUAACAAACCCUGCCAUGUGGAGUAAGGAAGAUGUGGCCAAGUACCUGAAAAAAACCCACGACUGCUGUUGUCUGGCCGAGAGGCUAGAAGCAGAGGACAUAGACGGCAAGGCCUUCAUGAUGCUCAACUUGCCGACCCUACUUGAAAAUUUCAAAUUCACAAUACGCUACUCGAUCAAGCUCUGCCAGCACAUAGAGCUGGUCAAAUAUGCAUAUCUCACCGAAUACUGCAAAUGAUUGAAAAAUACUUUAAUUGAUUUAUUCCAUUUUGGCUAAUAAGUAAAUUUUAAUUUUAAGUUCCUAAAAUUAAGGUGAUUAAUGAAAUAAAGUUCUGUCCUCAU